AUGCCACCGAAAAAGAAGAAAACCCAAUUGAAGCCGGUCGCGCGUGGCUUUGCGACGACGUCCGUGCCGAAGAAAGUGGUCGAGCCUCCUCCAGAACUCGAGACGGCCGAAACCAAGGACAUCUCUACACCUUCGAAUGAACAAGUCGAUACUGCAAGUGCGAACCGCCAGGGUACCACGAGCACCGACGGCCCACAGGCCCUUAGCGGGGAAGACGAGGUCUUGCAGGGCUUCGUCGACAGGUUCCAGGACAAAGUGGAGAAGGACAUCGUUCGCGCCGUCAAGGCCAUCGAGCAAGAGCGGCGUUUCACAGACACUCAGAUUCCAGCGCGUCUCGACUUGGACCCUGGCUUCGUGGAACGCCUUCUAGAGCUUGCCUUGGAGUACGAGAAUGCCGAAUUGUCCAGAUCUAUAGACGAGCCCGAGGACAAAGCCAUUAUACGGCUGGCCUUGACUUUCGGCACGCUCAGGCGUCUCGGGUUCUCUGAAGCCCGAGUAGAAGAAUGUCUUCGUGCAAUGAAAGGCGUCGACAUGGACGAGGCAUUUGACUGGCUACAUCUCCAUUGUGACGAGGAAGAGCUCGGCGUUCGUCAAGAUGUCGGCGAGCCACCUCGAACUCCGAUGACGCCGAAGACCCCUCACACUGCUCGCCCUACGCACCUGAGGUCGGAUACGGGCUCCUUGUCAUCGUUGUUCGUACACUCUGCGCCCGCAAGCCCGGCUUUGAGUAUCAAGUCAUUUUUGGAUGUCAACGCUCCCGCAUUCGUUCCCGGACAAAAGCCGCCGGACGCUCCGGCAACUCCUAACAGGACUUCAACUCCAUCCUCUCUCUUGUUGGACUCGGAUCCCACCCCGGCUUCCCUACGUUGGUCUGCAGUAGAGGAUCCGAAUACCGAGUUCGUCAGGUUAAGCGUGCGAAUCCUGGAGCUAACAACCCACCGACGUCCGGACGAGAAAGGGGAUGCCGCGUUCCUGCAAAAUCUCCAGCGCCGUCUGAAAGCCGUUCAGGACGAUUACUUCUUUAACGCACGCGAUGCACACGCGCACUUCAAAGCAGAGAAGGCCAAGCUCGAUACCGCCGCCCUCCAGGCGAAGUUACGUGGGCUGGCUUCAGCUGCACCAGUGAAACCGCCACGCAAAAAGCCCGCCGAGCUGGCCAAGGAGCCGCCUUCUCCAGCAGACAGCUCCGUGUCUGUGUCCGACGUCUUCGACGACUCUCCCAACGGAAUGUUCGAGCUCUUGGAAGCGAUGCCAACCGAAGUGACGGCAGAAUCUGGGACCACUAUCGCGGUUCGAGAUAUGGCGCUCCCCAAACAUUGGUCUGGACGGACACCGAAGGUGCUCUUGACUGAGCACGUCCACAAGACUGACCGGUAUGCUGUGAUCUCCUUCAAUCUCAUUUCUGGAGCCAGCCGUGUCAAGCGCGCCUCCGUCGACAUUCGUUGGGAUGGCGGCAAAACACAAACUUGGUCCAUGGACAAUGUAGCGUGCCAUGAUGAGACGCAAGCGGAGCAGUACAUUGCCACCGUCGCUCUCCACGCUGUAAAGUUCGCCAACCCCGACGGUUUCGCUAUCGGCGGCACGGCGAUUGGAGGUAGUCAAACAUCUUUUCGCUUGCUACCUCCUGUUUUCCGCGAUCUUUGGGACGAGCUGGAGCAGAACCGUCGCUUGGACGAUGACGCUAUCAACCGUGGCCUGUGGGGUAAGUUGCGUAACAUCCUGGAGCCCAAAUUAUCGUUGCAAAGCAAAUCCGGAAAUCGCGUCAUCAAAGCAGCUGUCGAGGCUAAAGAGCAAAAGCGCAGCCAACACUACGACAACGGGCGAGAUGUUGACCCAGAGCAGAUCGUCGCGGACUUCCAGGCUCGACAAGCCAGUCCUGCGUACCAGGAGAUGCUCAGGUCACGCAACCAGCUUCCUAUGGCGCAAUACAAGCAAGAUCUUCUCUCCCUACUCGAAAUGUCGCAGAUCGUCGUUCUCAGUGGUGAAACUGGAUGUGGAAAGUCCACUCAAGUCCCCGCAUUCAUAUUGGAAGACCAGCUGCUCAAGGGCCGUCACUGCAGGAUCUACUGCACAGAGCCGAGACGUAUUUCCGCCAUCUCCCUUGCUCAGCGUGUGUCGCGUGAACUCGGGGAACCUGCCGGAGCUGUUGGCACAGGAAGCUCGUUGGUUGGAUAUGCUAUCCGAUUGGAGAGCAACAUCAACCGUCGGACGCGGCUCGCAUAUGUUACGAACGGUAUCGCCCUACGCAUGCUGGAGGGCGGCUCCGGCCAAGGUGGUCAAGGCACAGCAUUCGAUGAAAUCACGCAUAUCAUCAUUGACGAGGUCCACGAGCGGACAAUCGAGUCCGACUUCUUAUUGAUUGUUCUGAAGUCACUUCUCGUUCAGCGACCUGAUCUCAAGAUUGUGCUCAUGUCUGCCACGCUGGAAGCCGAGAAGAUCUCAGCCUACUUUGGGGGUUGUCCUGUGCUUUCAGUGCCCGGUCGCACUUUCCCUGUGGACGUCCGGUUCUUGGAAGAUGCAGUUGAGACCACACGCUGGAAAGUGACUGAAGGCUCUCAGUACGCAAUCAGAGGCAAAGACAAGUUCUCUCGCACCAAGGCCAGACAGGACUGGUCAGAGGAAACUGCUGCUGCUGAGGACGAUGACGAGGACCAAGGUCAACAAGAGAAAAUCACCCUCGAGAAGCGCUACUCCCCGGAGACGAUCUCGACAGUCAAUCUCCUUGACGAGCGACUCAUCCCGUACGACCUCAUUGUCAGGUUACUCGAACGCAUAUGUUUUGAGGACCCGUCGUAUGAGUCUUACUCGGCAGCCACCCUUAUCUUCAUGCCAGGCAUGGGUGAAAUUCGACGCCUCAACGAUAUGCUCGUGGAGCACCGCUCGUUCGGUGACGAAUCUCAGUUCCGCAUCUAUCCUCUUCACUCGACCAUCUCGAGUGAUCAGCAGGGCGCCGUUUUCGACAUUCCUCCUCCUGGUGUGCGGAAGAUCGUCAUUGCCACCAACAUCGCCGAGACGGGUAUUACAAUCCCUGAUAUCACUUGCGUUAUUGACACAGGCAAGCAUCGCGAAAUGCGCUUUGACGAGAAACGGCAGAUCAGUCGACUCGUGGAGACAUUCAUCGCCAGAAGCAACGCCGCUCAGCGCCGCGGUCGUGCGGGUCGUGUACAGCGCGGCUUGUGCUUCCAUCUCUUCACGAAGGUCCGACACGACACGAAGCUGGCUGGACACCCCGACCCGGAGAUUAUACGUCUUAGUUUGAGCGACUUGGCGCUACGCAUUAAGAUCAUGAAGGUCAACUUGGGUUCAUCCAUCGAGGACGUGUUGUCGCGCGCUCUCGAUCCCCCACUCGCAAUCAACGUCCAGCGAGCCGUGUCUGCUUUAGUCGAGGUCAAUGCUCUCACCUCUACGGAAGAUAUUACGCCCAUGGGUCGCCUCCUGAGCCAGCUUCCGACGGACGUUCAUCUGGGCAAGUUCUUGCUCAUCGCCACACUGUUCCGCUGCCUGGACCCUGCGCUCACCAUUGCCGCGACCCUGAACUCCAAGUCGCCCUUCCUCACUCCAUUGGGCUGCGAGGCCGAGGCCGAGCGCGCGAAGCUGUCCUUCCGUGUGGAGAACUCGGACUUUUUGACCAUCCACAAUGCUUUCGCGAGCUGGCGCCGCGCCUCCGCGAACGGCAUCGCCCGCAAGUUUUGCAAGCAGAACUACCUCAGCCACCAGAAUCUGCAACAGAUCGAGGAGCUACGGCAACAAUUCCUGGGCUACCUCGUGGACUCGCACUUCAUCCACGUCGACCGAGCCUUCGUCAAGGACCUCAGCCGUGCGCGCUACGGCCGGAACAAAGCCCGCUUCGUGGCCGUUCCACCUGCUUUGGACGUGAACGCGGACAACGCGGCGAUGGUGCACGCCGCCCUCGUCGCGGGCCUGUACCCGAAGGUGCUCGCGAUCGAUACGAACCAGAAGGAGAUGAAGACGAUCACGAACAACCAGGCCGCGUCGUUCCACCCGUCGUCAGUCAACUUCAAGCGACGGCUGAACGAGUUUGGAGUAAACCACCUGUCCUACUUCACGCUCAUGCAUUCCAAGAAGUUGUACGCGUGGGAGACUGGUCCAGUCGAGGACAUGGCGUUGUUGCUCUUGUGUGGCGAUGCGGAGUUCAAGCUCAUGGCCAGCUCGGUUUGGAUUGACCGCAAAGUGCGGUUCCGCGUACCACCCAAGACGAGCAUUGCGCUCAAGCUGCUCAAGCAGAACUUAGCGUCGAUCUUGGCGACACAGUAUCGCGUUCGCCCCUUGACAGAACCUCAGCUGCGCUGGAACGAGCUCGCAAUGAUGAUCCUAGGCCGAGUCAAGCUGGAGGGUCCACCACAGCUUCAGGACGGUGUCACGCUGGUGGUGCACAACCGGACCUGA